UUUGUCCCCGGGUCUUCGUGUCCUGUAAGGUGGGGGGCCUUGGAAACCUCGCUGGACGCGGAGCCGACGCGGCGGGUGCAGGAGCUGCAUCCUGCAAUCCCACAGUUGGCGGAGCGCGCCUUCAAGAACAGCACCGUGCCCUGGGCCACAGCUUCUACUCAUCAGUUCAGAAAUGGAGAAGGGAUACAGCACAGUCACCUUCGACGGGACGCCCAGCUACGGUCACACGCCCUCGCACCACGCGGCGCAGUUCCCUAACCACUCUUUCAAGCACGAGGACCCCAUGGGCCAGCAGGGCUCUCUGGGCGAGCAGCAGUACUCUGUGCCGCCCCCCGUCUAUGGCUGCCACACCCCCACCGACAGCUGCACUGGCAGCCAGGCCCUUCUGCUGAGGACGCCCUACAGCAGUGACAAUUUAUAUCAAAUGACCUCCCAGCUUGAAUGCAUGACCUGGAAUCAGAUGAACUUAGGAGCCACCUUAAAGGGAGUUGCUGCUGGGAGCUCCAGCUCAGUGAAAUGGACAGAAGGGCAGAGCAACCACAGCACAGGGUAUGAGAGUGAUAACCACACCACGCCCAUCCUCUGCGGUGCCCAGUACAGAAUACACACCCAUGGCGUCUUUAGGGGCAUUCAGGAUGUGCGACGUGUGCCCGGAGUUGCCCCGACUCUUGUCCGGUCGGCAUCGGAGACCAGUGAGAAACGCCCCUUCAUGUGUGCUUACCCGGGCUGCAAUAAGAGAUAUUUUAAGCUGUCACACUUACAGAUGCACAGCCGGAAGCACACUGGUGAGAAACCAUACCAAUGUGACUUCAAGGACUGUGAGCGAAGGUUUUCUCGUUCAGACCAGCUCAAAAGACACCAAAGGAGACACACAGGUGUGAAACCAUUCCAGUGUAAAACUUGUCAGCGAAAGUUCUCCCGGUCUGACCACCUGAAGACCCACACCAGGACUCAUACAGGUAAAACAAGUGAAAAGCCCUUCAGCUGUCGGUGGCCCAGUUGUCAGAAAAAGUUUGCCCGGUCAGACGAACUAGUCCGCCAUCACAACAUGCACCAGAGAAACAUGACCAAACUCCAGCUGGCGCUUUGAGGGGUCCGACCCGGGGGACAGUUCUGUGGCCCAGGCAGGACAGUGUGUGAACUGCUUUCCAAUCUGACUUUAAAGUUCCUCCACACUCACCUCUCUAAGAAGGAAAUGGCAGGUGAUCUUCACCCAGCUUCCAAGACAAGAUGCCUGUACCACUGUACCACUGGAUCCUACCAGGUUUGCCCGGAGGAGUUGGGCUCUGCUUUGCCUGCUUUUAGUCAGCUCGAAGGCCCUGGAGAAGUGGCUAACAAUGUCCAGUUAGUUAAAAGCCCAUCUCUGCCAUUUGGUCUGGAUUUUCACUGUAAGAAGAGCCAUUGUUGAUAAUGUCCCCCCGCCCUCUUCUUCUCCUUUUAUGCUCUUUUCACUAGGAAUGGAGUCAUUGUACCAUUUUCCAUCAUAGAAUAUUUAUAGGCCAGGGCAUGUGUAUGUGUCUGCUAAUGUAAACUUUGUCAUGGUUUCCAUUUACUAACAGCAAGAAAUAAAUCAGAGAGCAAGGCACCAGGAGUGAGUCCCGUCCGACAUUCCGGAGGUUAGGCAGGCUGCUAACCUGGAAGGCAGGAUGUAGGACUACCAUGCAACUUAAAAAAUUUCGCGUGUUUCAAGCAGCUGAAAAAAGAAUCCGAACUAACCAGUACCUCUGUAGAGAAACCUAAAAGAAUUUUUCCGUUCAGUUAAUACAAUGUUAACAUUAGCACAAUGCUGUUAAGAAACUGUGCUUGAAGAUCUGAGAUUUUGGUUUUGUUUAUUUUUGACUUUUUUGAGCGGUAAUCCUCUGCAUCUUCAGAGAUGUACAUAUUUCCUCACACAAAAAAAGUGGAAUUCAUUAUUAUCAUUUGGGGUGUCCUUUGAGUGUACAGACCACACUGGUUAUGUGGCUUCAAGUUGUAAAAAUUAAAGUGACUCUGAAAGAAAAUAGGGCUGGUCCAGGAUCUCCACUGAUAACUUUGAGUCUACCAGUGUAUGUGAAAAAAAUGAGACUGGUGUGAGGAAAUCCAUUGUUUAAAGGUGGUUGGGUGUGUGUAUGUGUGUGCGUGUGUGUGUGUGUGUGUGCAAACGAGGGUGUUUGUUAUUUACUGUUGCUUGAAAUUAUUGUGUAAAUAAAAAUACUGAUAAUGAUUUGCUCUUUGACAACUGAAGUUAGGAAAUGUAUAAAUGUUAGAUGCAUCACUGUUUUGGUGUUGAUCUUACGACGUAUCAAUGAUAACACUAAAAAUGUAACCUGCAUUUUUCACUUCGCUCUCAAUUAAUUAAAGUCUAUUCAAAAGGAAA